AACGAAUAUGGGACGCAACGACCUUCCUGCACCUGUAAGCGAUGCCGAAUGGGCCAUCCGCGUGGAACUGGCGGCGGCCUACCGCCUCUUCCACAAGUUUGGAUGGGACGAAGUCAUUUACGGCCACUUGACCUGCCGUGUCCCCAGUGAAGCCGACGACCGGGACGUCGAGAAUGCCCACUUUCUCAUCAACCCCCUAGGCAUCCGCUACGACGAGAUGACAGCGAGCAAGCUCGUGACAAUUGACAUCAAAGGCAACUAUAUCAACCGCGGCUCCACUGGAUGGGACAUCAACCAAGCCGGAUAUGUCAUUCACUCGUGCGUCCACGAAGCCCGCCACGACAUGCACUGCGUCAUGCAUUGUCACACGAUCGAAGGGUCUGCGGUGUCGUCCAUGAAGUUCGGGUUGCUGCCCAUUUCGCAAUUGAGUCACGUGGCCAUGAGCGGCGGCGUGAGCUACCAUGACUACGAAGGUCUUGCCGUCUCGGACGCCGAAAAGCCCCGGCUGAAGGCCGACUUGGGUCCAGAGAACAAGGUGUUCAUCCUCCGCAACCACGGCCUCCUCACAGGCGGCCGCACCAUCGCGGAAGCGUUCUUCUUCAUGUACUAUACGGUCCAUGCAUGCAAGAUCCAAGUCGCGGCGCUUUCUGCCGGCAUCGAGAAUGUCAGCUACGCGUCGGACGAAGUGGCGCGCAACUUCAAAAUCGGCAUGGCGCCUUUCGUCAAAGCCGGGGUCGGGACUGAAAUGUUCGACGCGUUGAAGCGCGGCCUUCCUCUGGACUAUGCCACCUAAGUAGUAACUCACGACGACAAUGCAUGCAUAAGUGUAGCCUUGGUAGAUGAUGCAAUCUGGCGCGAAUACAUCAUGCUCCGUCUACGAA